CACACAGUCGCAGCCUCGCGAGCAGAGCCAGUCAGCCAGGCCGGGCGUGUGUGUCGCAGCCUCAGCGAAAAGACCCUCCCAACGAAUUGCGGCGUGAAUCCUUCCGACCCCUGCCAUACGCGCUGUUGAGGUGCGCUACGGCCAGCCCAGUCCUGAAGGGUCUCGGAGCUAUGACGUUGGAUCGCUGGCUGCGAAGGCCUCGUUGAGCCAAACACCUGUGCGAAGACCCCGCAAAUGUCCACUUGCUUGCCGUCUAUCUGAUUGCGAGCUCGUGCAGUGUUUGCAGUAGAAAACCGUGCACUUGCCCCAUUCCUCUGCAACCACCGCUGCUCACAGCAAUCCUUCCCCCGCUGCACGUUCACUCCACCACCAUGGAGCUCGUCAACGCCUCAGCAAACUCAGUCACCGACGCCCCCGCACAGGGGGCCAACGACGGCACUGGCAUCGUCCAGCUUGACCCUUAUCUGGAGCCUUUCACCGGCGCGCUGAAGAGCCGCUACGCCAAAGCCCAGCAGUGGAUCAAGACCAUCAACGACACCGAAGGCGGUCUGGAGAAGUUUUCAAGGGGCUACGAGCGCUUUGGCUUCCAGGUCCAGCCCAAUGGCGACGUUGUGUACCGCGAGUGGGCGCCGAGCGCCCUACGAGCAUACCUCAUUGGCGAUUUCAACGACUGGAACCGUGAUGCAACGCCCAUGAGUAAGAACGAGUACGGCGUCUUCGAAGUAACCGUGCCUGGCAAGGACGGCAAGCCCACUAUCCCCCACGACUCCAAGAUCAAGAUUUCUCUAGUUGUCCCCAACGACCAUGCCCGCCAGGAGCGUCUCCCUGCCUGGAUCACCCGAGUGACCCAAGACCUCAACGUAUCCCCCGUCUACGAUGCGCGCUUCUGGAACCCUCCCCAAAAGUACCAGUUCAAGAACAAGAAACCUAAGAAGCCCGAGAGCGCACGUAUCUAUGAAGCACACGUCGGUAUUUCUUCGCCUGAGCGCAAGGUAGCUACAUACAAGGAGUUCACUCAGAACAUCCUUCCCAGGAUCAAGCACCUGGGAUACAACACCAUUCAAUUGAUGGCUGUCAUGGAGCACGCAUACUAUGCUAGUUUCGGCUACCAGAUCAACAGCUUCUUCGCUGCAAGCAGUCGCUAUGGUUUCCCAGAUGACCUGAAGGAGCUCAUCGAUACUGCCCACGGCAUGGGUAUCACAGUUCUCCUUGAUGUUGUGCACAGCCACGCCUCGAAGAAUGUUCUGGACGGACUGAACAUGUUCGAUGGCAGUGAUCACCAGUAUUUCCACGAGGGCGCCAAGGGACGACACGAACUGUGGGACAGCAGGCUGUUCAACUAUGGUCACCAUGAAGUCCUCCGUUUCCUGCUCAGUAACCUGCGAUUCUGGAUGGAGGAGUACCAGUUCGACGGUUUCCGAUUCGAUGGUGUCACAAGCAUGAUCUACACCCACCACGGUAUUGGCACAGGUUUCUCUGGCGGCUAUCACGAGUACUUUGGCCCUGGUGUUGACGAGGAAGGCGUCGUCUAUCUGAUGGUUGCCAACGAGUUGCUGCACCAGCUGUACCCCAGCUGUAUCACCAUCGCAGAAGAUGUGUCCGGUAUGCCCGGUCUUUGCGUAUCGCUGUCUCUGGGCGGAAUAGGAUUCGACUACAGGCUUGCGAUGGCUGUUCCGGAUCUGUACAUCAAGUGGCUGAAGGAGAAGCAAGACAUCGACUGGGACAUGGGCGCCCUCGUCUUCACAUUGACAAACAGACGGCACGGCGAGAAGACGAUCGCUUAUGCCGAGUCCCACGACCAAGCGCUCGUUGGAGACAAGACACUACUCUUCUGGUUGUGUGACGCAGAGAUGUACACCAACAUGUCUGUCUUGUCAGACUUGACAUCUGUUAUUGACAGAGGUCUUUCCCUGCACAAGAUGAUCAGGCUGAUCACACAUGGCUUGGGCGGUGAGGGUUACCUGAACUUUGAGGGUAACGAGUUCGGUCACCCAGAAUGGCUGGACUUCCCUCGCGAAGGCAACGGCAACAGCUUCGACUACGCUCGCAGGCAGUUCAACCUUGUCGACGAUGAGUUGCUUCGCUAUAGGUUCCUGAACGAGUUCGACAGCAAGAUGCAGUGGACAGAGGAGAAGUACGGCUGGCUACACGCGCCUCAAGCGUACGUUAGCUUGAAGCACGAGGGCGACAAGGUCAUCGUAUUCGAGCGGGCUGGUCUGCUGUGGAUUUUCAACUUCCACCCCUCUAACAGCUUCACUGAUUACCGUGUUGGUGUUGAGCAGGAAGGUACCUACAGGAUCGUGCUCAGCUCUGACAGCAAGUCCUUUGGUGGUCACGGCAACGUUGCCGAGGACACGCGAUUUUUCACAACACCCUUUGCGUGGAACGACAGGAAGAACUUCCUGCAGGUCUACAUCCCAACGAGGACCGCCAUCGUUCUUGCUCUAGAGUCAAGUCUAUAGCAGUCAUGAAAGAGGGAUGAGCAAAUUAAGAGGAUCUGUGAUCUUCAACAGCAGUCAUUUAGCACUCAAGCGUCAUGUAAUCAUACCACCGAGGAAAGCAAACUAUAAUUUAGACGACAAAGCCAUCUGCAACAUCCAAUGUUCUGUGCCUUGCCUAUUGCAA